AUGGAAGAAAGCAAUGCCGAGUGGGCUGAGUUAACUCGGGACUGUCUCGUUAACAUUCUGUCACGACUCAGCGCAAGGGAUCAAUGGCUUGGUGCAAUAUGUCCAAAUCUUGAGGUGCUAUCAAUCAGAAAUUGCUAUGUUAGUGAUGAUUGUAUCUCUAAGAUUUCUCUUGGGUGUCCAAAUUUAAGGGAAUUGGACAUCAGCAAUUGCUCUGAAAUAACCCAUGAGUCAUUUGUGCUGCUUGGAAGGAAUUGCUUCAACCUCAAGGUUCUGAAGAGAAACAUGAGGAAUAAGUAUCGGUUUCAUCCAUCCCAACACAAUGAGGUUGUUCCCAACAAUUUUCUAAUUGCUCGUAUGCAAGAAGCCGAUUCUGAAGCUGCUGCCGUUGCUAAUUCUUUGCCACAUCUUGAGUGGUUAGAGAUUAGUUUCUUAGGACUUACAGCUAAAGGACUCAAAUCAAUAUGUCAGGGGUGUCCUAAGUCCUAA